ACUUAUCAUUGAAGAAGCUGAAUCGUGGUAGCAACAGAAAUCUCUGUUUCAAGAAUAUUGAGUUUGCCAUGAAAGAAUAUUCGAACAUUUGCAUUCUUUUCAAGGAAAAGUAAUUUGCAGCAGUAAAGCAUGUUGAAAGCAGACUCCAUUAGUACACUGAGUGAUCGUGAAGAUAAUAUUGAUGAUCUGGAUGGCUCUCUCCUAUGGUCCCAAGAAGAGGCACUCUCCACCAGUGAAAUAUUGGAAUUACCCAUUCAAGAUCAAAGAGAUAAUAGUUUAGCGGUUUUUUGUCGAUUAUGCGCUGGUCGAACCAAUAACCCCGUAUACAUUUAUUCUGAACUGGGAGAAUCGAUGAAACUGGCGCAUAAAAUGAAUACAUGUUUAAGCAUUAAGAUUAGAAAAACGGAUCCGUUACCAAAGCAGCUUUGCCUGACUUGCGUUGAGAAGAUAAACUGGUGCGACGAGUUUGACACGCAAUGUAUCAAAGCAGAGGAAACCCUGUUGGCAACGCUAAAGAACAGACAAUCCUUCAACUUCUCCCAUCAUGAAAGUCAAGUCUCAUCCGAUCGGCAGACCUGUCCCUUGUGUACGGAGGGCUGCAUGAACACGUGUGAGGACGCGUCUCAGGACGCGAAGAUUGCGGAGUUAUACGGGAGCGACGUGAUUCUGGAAAGCAGCGACGAAGAAAAUGUAUUUAAUAAUGCGAGAGUCGACAAGGAGAGCGGAAAUCGUUCGGUCAUGUUGCAGUGUCUGGGAAACAGACAAAAGUACUUGAAAUGCGGGGCGUGCAUGAACCUCUAUCACACCAAGGAGACCCUGGACGGCCACAAGUGCAAACCCAGCGUGCAGAGCACGACGAGGCCGUACAAGUGUCUCACGUGCGAUGCGACGUUCACGUUCGAGGAACGGCUGAACUUCCACAUGCAGUUCCACAAGGGCGCGAAAGCGCUGUACUGCGACGUCUGCAAGAUAACGUUCGGUAAAGAGCUGAAGCUGUUCUAUCACUACAAGAGAUACCACUCGGGGGACAUCAGCGUCUCGUGCUUGCAGUGCGGGAAACUGUUCGAGGACCAGGAGGCGUUGCGGGUGCACGUUUGCGCGGACGGUAAGAGUCGGCCGCACAUCUGCGAGGUGUGCAACAAGGGCUUUUCCGACGGCUACACCCUGAAGCGUCACGUAGUGACGCACUUGCCCGAGAAACCGUACAAGUGCUCGCAGUGCUCGAAGAGCUUUACGCAGAAGUCGCGAUUGAACAAGCACACCGUGAGCCACUGCAUCGUCAUCGAGAACAGCCAGACGGUGUGGAAGUGUGUCCAGUGUGGCGAGGCGUUCGUCUCCUGCGACGACGCCGAUGCUCACUAUAAGGUACACGAGGACAAGAUCACGCUGAUCGAGGAGCUGUCGACGUCGAAGCUGUACCACUGCGAGUUUUGCAACGGCCACUUCGCCGACGUGGACAACCUGAAGACGCACCAAGCUCUACACGUCGUCGAGAGACCGUACACGUGUAACACGUGCAAAACCGCUUACAAGUCCUUCGCCGAGGCCGUCCUGCACUGGAAGGAGCAUCCGAGACUAUUCAAAGUCCUCAUCGUCUUCCUGUGCGACAUCUGCAACAAGGACAUGAAGGAAUUAUCCUUGCUGUACAAGCAUAAGCGAAAGCGGCACAGCUACGCACCCAGGUCGUCCGAGGCGGGCAGCGCGAAGUACAUCUGCGAGCUCUGCGGCAACGCGUUCGACAGCAGUGAACACAUGCAGGACCACGGGCGAGACCAGUGCUCCAAGUUUCCCUGCGACAUUUGCGGCAGUUUGCUGCCCACGGCGAACUCGCUUAACGCGCACGAGAGACGGCACAACGGACUGCGGCCGUACGUGUGCAACAUCUGCGGCAAGAGUUACACUCAGUCGAGUCACAUGUGGACCCACAAGAGAUUCCACAUGGGCGUAAAACCUUACGCGUGCCAGUACUGCGACCAGCGUUUCACGAUCAAGCCGGACCUGGCGGACCACACGAGGAAGAAGCACACGAGGGAGAGGCCGUUCAAGUGCGACGUGUGCAACAAGGCUUUCCUCACCGGGUCCGUGUUCUAUCAGCACAGGUUGAUCCAUCGGGGCGACCGUAGGUACAAGUGCCACUACUGCGAGAAGGCGUUCACCCGCACCGAGGCUUUGAAUAAUCACAUCAAGAUACAUACCGGGGAGAAGCCGCACGCGUGCGACGUGUGCGGCAGAUGCUUCCGGCAGAAAGGCGACAUGCGGAAGCACAGACGUACCCAGCACGAUUCCAAGCAAGACGCAUCUUGAAAGCUGUGCACCUAGUGCAAAAAACGUUCCGUUACGCUUGCAUUAAUCUGCGACUUUAAGUAAUUAAUUAUAUGUACAUAGCGAUAUAUUUAUGCAAACUGAUAUUACACUAUACGCCAAAUAAUAAAAGUGCUCCGGAAUAUAAUUUUAUAUCCCGUUAUCACAAAGUAAUAUAAAAUGGAUCAAAAAAG